AUGGAGAAAAUCUUUGAAAUGACUGAUCUUGGAGUCAUGAAGUACUUUCUUGGCAUGGAAGUGUUGCAGUCCAGUGAUGGAAUUUUCAUAUGCCAGCAGAAAUACAUUUCGGAUAUUCUAAACCGGUUCAAAAUGCAAGACUGCAAACCUGUGAGUACUCCAAUCUCUACUGGUGUGAAGCUUGGCAAGGAUGAGGAUUCCGAAAAAGUGGAUGAUAGUAUGUAUAGAAGCUUAAUUGGCAGUCUUCUAUAUCUAACCGCAAGCAGACCUGACAUUCUAUUUGUUGUAAGUUUGCUCUCUAGGUUCAUGCAUUCGCCUAGAGACACAUACUUCACAGAGGCUAAAAGAGUGUUAAGGUAUAUUAAAGGAACCAGCAAGUUUGGAACCUUUUUCCCAACAUUUGUCGAAGUAACUAUGAACCUAAUCGGGUACUCUGAUAGUGAUUGGGGUGGCAGAGUUGAUGAUUCCAGAAGCACCUCUGGAUAUCUUUUUUGUUUCGGGACAAGUUGUUUUAGGUGGAGCUCUAGGAAACAAGAAAUUACAGCUCAAUCAAUAGUAGAAGCUGAGUACAUAGCUGCUGCAUCUGCUGUGAAUCAAGCUAUCUGGCUAAGGAAGAUGUUGAAGGACUUGGGUGAUGAACAAACAUAA